AGGGAAGGCAGCGGGACAAUCUCUGUGGCCAGCUUUUGGAUCAAAGUCUAAGUUCCUAAACAACAAAAUGAAUGAGCUUUCCAAGAAAAUAUGUCCAUGGAAGCAUCGGUUGUAAGCAUCAGAGGUGAAAAACCAUCAUCAGGAGAGAGGAACAUGAUGGACACCAUGAAAGAGUUGAAUCCCACAGUGGGGAAGUACUUCCAAGAUACACAAGGGGAUGAGAAGCUCAGUCCCAAGAAAGCUCCAAGCUUAUGUUCCACUCGCUAUGGAAUAGCUUUUGUCACACAUCUCUGCAACUUCGUACUAGUGGCACAAAAUGUUGUCAUGAACAUCACCAUGGUAGCCAUGGUCAACAGCACAAACCAUCAGUCCCAGUUUAACGACUCCACUGAGGGGCUGCCUGUUGACCCAUUUGGUGACCCAAAUGAUUCCCCGAAGAGUCUUCCUACAGGGGCCCCUGUGUAUGACUGGAGCCCUCAAAUCCAGGGCAUCAUCUUUAGUUCUAUCAACUAUGGCAUGAUCCUGACACUGGCUCCCAGUGGAUAUCUGGCUGGAAGAGUAGGAACAAAGAGAGUGGUUGGUGUUUCUUUGUUUGGAUCCUCACUUCUCGUUCUCUUCACCCCUCUGGCAGCCAACCUUGGACUAGUGUUCCUCAUUGCAACUCGAAUACUUCAGGGCCUAAACCUGGGGGCAGGAUAUGGGGGUCAGUUUGCACUCUGGGAAAAAUGGAGUCCUCCACAUGAACGAAGCCGACUCUGCAGCAUUGCUGUAUCAGGAAUGAUGCUGGGAAGCUGCAUUGCCGUCCUCCUGGGUGGUCUCAUCAGUCAAGUCCUUGGGUGGCCUUUCGUCUUCUAUAUCUUUGGAGGUGUUGGCUGUGUCUGCUGCCUUCCCUGGUUUGUUUUGGUUUAUGAUGACCCUGUCACUCACCCUUGGAUAAACACUGUAGAAAAAGACUAUAUCACAUCCUCCUUGGCCCAACAGGUCAGCUCUUCUAAGCAGUCUCUUCCCAUUAAAGCUAUGGUUAGAUCUCUGCCCCUCUGGUCCAUAUGUUUUUGCUGUUUCGGCCAUCAGUGGUUACUCAACACAAUGAUUAUAUACACACCAACUUACAUCAGCUCUGUGUUCAACAUCAAUAUCAGAGAUAGUGGGUUUCUGUCUACCCUUCCUUUUAUUACUGCCUGGGUCAUUGGUAUCCUGGGAGGCUACCUGGCAGAUUUCCUUCUGACCAAGAGUUUUAGGCUUGUUACGGUGAGGAAAGUUGCCACAGUUCUAGGAAGUAUCCCCUCUUCAAUACUCCUUGUGGUUCUGCCCUAUGCUGCCUCCAACUACAUCAUAGCAGUGUGCCUUCUGACACUCUCCUCUGGACUAAGCCUGUUGUCACAGCCAGGGAUGUACAUCAAUGCCUUAGACAUUGCCCCAAGGCAUUCCAGCUUUCUCAUGGGAGCCUCCAGGGCGUUUGCACAGAUCUCUGCUGUCGUGGUACCCACUAUCAGUGGAUUUCUCCUCAAUCAGGACCCUGAAUUUGGGUGGAGGAAUAUCUUCUUCUUGUCUUUUGCCAUUAACGCAUUAGGACUUAUCUUCUACCUUAUAUUUGGAGAAGCAGAUGUCCAAGACUGGGCCAAAGAAAGGAAACUCACUCAUUUAUAAAGUUAUCCCACCUUGGAUGGAAAGUCAUUAAGCAUCUUAUUUCAUAAAUCAGAAGACUUCAGUGAUGGAAAUACCAACAGAUGGAAUUUUCCUUGCUGUGGCUCUUUUCAGAUCUGAGAUCUUUAUUUUACUCAAAUUUCUUUUUGAGGAAAAUAUAUGAUGAAUGGAAAUUCAAAUAAAAUGGUAGCCAAGAACAAAGUCAUCAUCUUUAAAGAAUUAACAGUGUAUUGAGAGGAGAUGCUGUUUGGGAGCCUGUAGGCUAGAUUCAUGGUUUCUGGAUCUCGAAACAGGAAACAAUAUUUAGAAACUCUUAAUUGAGGGCAGUAAACUCACUAGGGUGAUGAUUCCUUCUAUUUGAGAAAAUGAAUAUUAAUUUAUAUUUGUUGGGCUGGAUAUUGUCCAUGUGCUCUUUUCUGUGUUCUACUCUCCUCCAUCCUGCUCAGACCCCAGGAGGCUGACCUAGGUGGUUUGCAUCCCACAGUUUUUGUCCACUGGCUUCUGCUGGAUUUUGACUGGAGGCAGGAGAAUGGGGAGAAGGAGUGUUUAUCUUUUAAGGUUCCCCCCAGUGGGCACUGCAGGUGACUGAUCCUUCCUCUACAGUUCACAGCUCCUAGCAGAGAGCCCUCUCCAAACAUCUGUCAACUUCUCCUCUUCCUCUAUUCUUUCAGACCUUUUUUUGGCCUUUAUGUUGUGAGCUCUGGGAUUCUCCAGACUAUCUGUGGUUUCCUUACCAUCUUCCCAAUUCUGUGUAAAUGGUCUCAUUUAACACUGUCUUCAAGUUACCCAGUGUGAGUCUGCUAUGUUUCUCCCCCUAGAAUUCAACUACUUUCAGUAAAAUCGUAUAUAAAGCUCAAAACAUGAAGUAGGUACUAUUUCUUGAAAUUAUAUUUUAUAGGUAUCAGUAGGUCCUAGGGGCCACAACUAUGUUCUAGCUUGCUCCCCAUGGUGAUUUCUAACAGGUAGAACAGAGGUCAUAGCCAUCAAGUUAAUUUGCAUAGAAGGGAUCUGAAGGGCACUAGUUCUGAGUGAAAAAUUAGGGCAAGGAUAUAGAAGAUCAGAUUUGAAUAAACAGCAACAAUUACUGAGCUUUUGCAUAGUCUAGACUUGAGGCUCUUAGAACACUAGAGUAAAUUAGAAACCAUCACUAUUCCCCAUUCAAAUGUGGAAGACAGACUUAAUAAUACACAGCAGUGCAUUGUCUUAGGUACAAUAGCAGGGGGUCAUGCACAUCAUUAAGGGAGACCAGAUGAGGUGUUCUAAUGCUAAGCUGAAGAACAGAGAGGAGCUCUCCUUCUGCAAGUAAUUCUUGAGCUACAUGCUUUAUUCUUUUCUUUUUAUAGCCGCACCUUCAGGAUAUGGAACUUCCCAGGCUAGGGGUCAAAUUGGAGCUACAGCUGCUAGCCUACACCACAGCCAGGGCAACACCAGAUCCAAGAUGCCUCUGUGACCUAUGCCACAAGCUGUGACGAUGCCGGAUCCUUAACCCACUGAGCAAGGCUAGGGAUCGAACCCACAUCCUCAUGGACACUAUGUCGAGUUCUUAACCCACUGAGCCACAACAGGAAUUCCCAUGACCUAAAUGUUACCUGAGGAGUGUUAGAGUAAAAUUUUCCACUUUGGGGCCCAACUUGUGAAAAAGCAUAUAAACAAGAAAAAGAAUGGCUUCUGAAGGGAAUCGCUUGCUUACAUGGUCAGUGAGUAAAGGGCAGAAGAUUAAGUUAGGGAGGUGGGUGUGAUCAGAGCAUGUUUGUCAUGUUAGAGAGCUUGAGAGGUACACCACAGGCAAUAGUGACAUGGGCAGAUUUUCCCUCUAGAUAGAACACUCUGGCCCAAUUCUAGAAUCAGGAAGAUUAGUCAAUGGUCUACACAGUAGCACUGAGGACUGAACAAGGGAUGGAGGAACUGGGAUGGAAAGAAAAGUGACAUGAAUCAUGUUUAGGUGCUGGGAUUAAAAGAUCAUGGCAUUCGGUUAGAUAAAUGCAGGAGAAGAGAGGGGGUUAAGGAGUCCUGGGUUUCUAACCUGAGAUACUGGCUAGAGAGUGGUCUGAAUAACUAAGUCAGAGAAUGAAAAAGGGCCCUUUUCAGAGGAAGAUAAUGAGUUGACUUUGGGACAUGCAUUAGUAAAAAAGUGGGAUAAGCAAGUGGGUAGGUAUAUUAGUUUACUGGGCUACCAUAACAAAAUACCAUGAGCUAGUGGCUUAAACAGUAGUAGUUUAUUAUCGCACAGAUCUAGAAGUCCAAAAUCAAAAUUUCAGCAGGGUUGUUUCUUUCUGAGGUUUGUGGAGGAGAAUCUGCCUCAUGCCUCUCUUCUGGUAGCCUCAGUCAUUCUUUGGCUUGCAGAUAGCUUUAUCUCUGUGUUUUUGUAUCAUCUUCCCUCUCUCUAUAUCUGUAUCUGUGUCAGAAUUUCCCUGUUUUAUAAAGACACCACCUUAAUGCCUUAAUGAGUGAAUGGGAAAGUCAUCUGCAAAGACCUAUUUCCAAAUAAGGUGACAUUUGGAUUUCAGCAUCUUUUUGGGAGACACAAUUCAAUGCAUAACAGCAAGCCCAGCAUAGAGCCAGUCCAUAAAUCUGAAAUUUAUAAAAAGGACUAGGAUAAAGACAAAGUUAUAAGAUGUAUAAAGGUACAGAUGUUCAGUACUGAAGCCUUCAAUGUUUAUGUUCAUGAAGAGCCUGUGAAUGAAAAAACACCAAACCAAGGAUUGAAUGCCAACAUUCAGGAAUGGGCAGAAUAAGAAAUGCCCACAUGUAACAGAGCUGAAAGGGUCAGGCUUGUAUGUGUGAAGAACAAUGGGAGAACAUUUAUCAUGAAAACUCAUGAACAUGGCCUUUAAGAAAGAUCAGCAACUAGUUUACUGCAAUUCAGUUACAUGAGGUCAGGAAAGAAACACAAUUAUCUUGUGAUUAGAAGUUCAUUGGUAGGGUUUUCAUGACAUUUUUAGCAGAGAUAUGGGUAGGCAGGUCAUUUUGCAGUUUGUUGGUGAGAGAAUGGGAAUGAGAGAGCAGAGAAAGCAAGAAACUAUUUUAUAAAGUUUAGUUGUGAAGAGGAACAUAGCCAAAGGAAAAUAGAAAGGAAGAGUGACCUAAGGGGUAAAGGGACUGGCCUGAAGGAGGCUUUGGGGAAGAAACAGUGGAGCAGGAGUGAAGUUAUUGAAGGACCGGGUGGAAAGAUGAAGCAAGGUCUUUGAAAACGCAAUAAGGAUUCAGAUACAGGGCUUUGCCUUGAAUAUAUAGAAAGAAAAUAUAAAAUCAGAAACAUGAAUUGUCCCUUUAGUGAAGAAGCAACCUAUUUAAUGGGAAAGAAUAUUUGCAAAUCAUGUAUUUGAUAAGGGGUUGAUAUCCAAAAUGUAUAAAGAACACAUACAACUCAGUAACAAAGAAACAAUCUGAUUUAAAAAUGAGUGGAAGAACUGAAUAGACAUUUUUCAAAAGAAAACAUAUAAAUGGCCAAAAGGUCCUUGAAAUGAUGCUCAACAUCAUUUGUCAUCAAUGAAAUGCAAACCAAAACCAAAGAUGAUAUCUUUACACCUGUUAAAAUGGCCAUUAUCAAAAAGAUAAGCGAUAACAAGUGUUGGAGGGGAUAUGGAGAAAAGGGACACAUUUUUGAUGAGACUGUGAACUGGUGCAGCCGCUAUUGGAAAACAGUAUGGUGGUUCCUCAGAAAACUGAAAAUAGAACUAUCACAUGAUCCAUCAACCUUCAUUCUGAGCAUAUAUAUCCAAAGGAAAGGAAAACAGUAUCUCAAAAAGACAUCCAUACUACUAUGUUCACUGCAGCAUUAUUCAAAUAGCCAAAAUAUAUAAACAACCCAAGCGUCCACCAAUGAUGAAUGGAUACCUAUCAUAUCUAUCUAAUCAUAUCAUAUCAUAUCAUAUCAUAUCAUAUCUAUCAUCUAUCCAUACAUCCAUCCCAUCCAUUUAUCUAUCCAUUUCAGCCAUGACAAAGAAAUUCUGCCCAACAUGGAUGGAAUUUAAGGCAUUAUGCUAAGUGAACUAAGUCAGAUAAAGGCACAUAUCACUUACAUGGGAAAUAUAAAAAGUCAAAUUCACAGAGACAGAAAUUAGAAUGGGAGUUACCAGGGGUUGAGGGACAAGGAAAAAGUUCAGAGUACAAACUUCCAGUUAUAAGACAAAAAAGUUCUGGAGAUCUAAUGUCCUGAAUAGUGAUUAUAGUUAGUUAAGACUGUAUUAUACACUUAAAUGUUGCUAAAAGAGUAAAUCUUUUACUCUUUUAAAGUUCUUAACACAAAAAAGAAAUGUAAUCAUGGGACAUGAUGGAGGCGUUAGCUAAUACCAUGGUGGUAAUCAUUUUGCAAUAUAAAUAUUUUGAAUCAACACAAUAUACACCUUAAACUUACACAAUGUUGUAUGUUAAUCAUAUCCCCAAAAAGUAGGGAAAAAAAAAGAGAGUCCAUUUUUUUCUUAGUAAAAUGCAAGCUGCCUACACUGUUGAACAAAAUUAAGGAAUUCCAAAAUAGAUAUGUUUUUGUUUGAUGAACGCUCUUUGUUCCCUAUGCCACUGAUGUCCCAAAAAAAAUUCACCUGGUGCUAAUGAAGCCUGUAAGUUUUCCUUGUUAGGCAGUGUAACCUAAAUGCUCCAUAUUUUGUAUGAACAGCAAGAUAUUGAUUAUUAAAUAUAUUAUUAAAAUGAGGGGGAGGGAGUGGGAUGGACUGGGAAUUUGGGGUUAGUAAGUGCAAACUAUUACAUUUAGAAUGGAUAAGCAAUGAGGUCCUACUCUAUAGCAUAGGGAACUAUAUCCAAUCACCUGUGAUAGAACAUGAUAGAAAAUAAUAUGAGAAAAAGAAUGUGUAUAUAAGUAUCGCUGGGUCACUUUGCUGUACAGCAGAAAUUGACAGAACAUUGUAAAACAACUAAUUUUUUUUAAAUGUCUACCUCAAAAAUAAAAGAUGACUUAAAAUUGAAUCUGUUGAUUAAAAUGAUUUUACC